CAACAAAACCGAGAGAUAUAUUCCCAAACAUGUCUAAAGCCUGCUUGCUUUUGUUUCUCGUUGGAGUGGUGGUUUUUAUCAUCACUCCUUCUCUAGCUAACCAACAUCAUGAUAAUGAGCUUCCCAAGGGGAAGCCUUUCCCAGGUGAGAAGCAACCAGAACACAAGCCAUUCCCUGAACACCGACCGCCAAUACACAGUGGACCUGGCGGUAAAGGAGAGGAGCCACCACAUGGGGAAAAACCUCCUCAUAGAAACUUAUUGAGUGUGGAAGUUGAGGGCACACAUAAACCUCCACGACAUUCAGGUGGUAAACCUCCAAGACACUCGGGGGGUAAACCUCCACAUGUUGAGGGGUUCCCUACCGAUAAAGCACCCAUGAAGCCAUUCCCCGGUGAAAAACCAUCCAAGGGUAAGGGAAAGGGAGCACCUCAUGAACCCAAACCUCCUCAUAGACACUUAUUGAGUGUGGAAGUUGAGGGCACACAUAAACCUCCACAGCACUCAGGUGGUAAACCUCCACGACAUCCAGGGGGUAAACCUCCACAUGUUGAAGGAUUCCCUGGUGACAAACCAUCCAAGGGUAAGGGAAAAGGGGCACCUCAUGAACCCAAACCUCCUCACAGACACCUAUUGAGUGUGGAAGUUGAGGGCACACAUAAACCUCCACAACAAUCAGGUGGUAAACCUCCACGACAUUCAGGGGGUAAACCUCCACAUGUUGAAGGAUUCCUUGGUGACAAACCAUCCAAGGGUAAGGGAAAGGGAGCACCUCAUGAACCCAAACCUCCUCAUAGACACCUAUUGAAUGUGGAAGUUGAGGACACAUAUAAACCUCCACGACACUCAGGGGGUAAACCUCCACAUGUUGAAGGAUUCCCUGACGGUAAGCCAUCCAUGAAACCAUUCCCCGGUGACAAACCAUCCAAGGGUAAAGGAAAGGGAGCACCUCAUGAACCUAAACCUCCUCAUAGACACCUCUUAAGUGAGCCACACAAAUAUGUAAUACCACCCAAAGGUAAGGGAGAGAAGCCUCCCCAUGAGCAGAAACCACACCAUGGACACCACCCAGGGCACCUUCUGGGAAUAGAAAAUUAAAGCACAAAUCAUCCUAAGGUUCCCAUCAACCUACAAUUAGGAGAUCAUCAUCAGCGUGUAUGGUAGGACUAUUUUACUAUAGGAAUAACAGUUGAUGUUGAUUUAUCCUUUUAUUAGUUGUGUAGCGAUCUAGUUACGUAUAUUUUGUUCAUGGCUUGGAGGCUGUGCCGUGCCUACCUUAUGACUAUGUUGUUUUAGAAAUUCCAGCCUCAUCUAUGGUUCAGCAUUUUAUGAUAUGAACUCUCUAUAUUAACUA